GCACGCCCAUUGGAGAUGGGUUUCCUAACUGGCAUGUUGAUGCAUGCCUGUUGCUUGCGUAAAGCCAGCUUUCCAGUGUAAUUCUUGGUCCCGUUCAAUCUCGAAUUUUGAAUAUCUGAUCUUUACUUAAUUCAUCUUAUUAUGAGUUUGGCCGCACAAAACCAUCAUCUUGCUUUGUGAUGAUACUGCCACUACUGCCAAAAGGUCCGUGGAUCCAACUGAGCAUCGUCUAUUAGCCUUUCACGAGUUUACAGACUUCCAAAUGGUAUGACACACUCAUCACUCAGCUACGGUCAGAUAAUGGAACCCCAGAUCUAAAGGCGGCCUGGUCGACGGAAAUAUCGCAAAUGGGUUCCUAAAUGCAACAUGAUUCCCUUAUCGAAAUCAUGUAUCAUGUACUUGAAACACCAAUGACACCAGCGCGAGAGAGAGAGAGCAGGAACGGUAGUACAGAGGCUGCCCAUUUACACAGUCUGUUGACUGCAAUCUUCAACUCUUCCGUGACAGGGAUUGUGCAGACAAUGCAAAUGUUAUAUCACACAAUAUGUUCAAAGAUAUCGAUCAACGGGCACAGACCGCGUUCAAAGGUUACACAUGCUGCAUCGGGUUGCGAGACCCGGUCGCAGCAUGCGCUGGGCCGUUUCUGUCUUGCAUCCGAGUUGCAGGCUCGCCUUUCCCUGGAAUUUCACACUACCAAAUUACAGGGAGCAAGGCGUAUUGUCUCCGAGCUGAUCAGGCAGAGAGAUGGUGCAUUGGUAGGACGUCACCGUCUGAUGCCAAUGAGAUGCGAAAGAGCCGGCAAUAUAGGCAAUCCAUUAAACCACCAAUGUGCAAAUACUGGUAAAGAAAAACCGCAUAGUGGACCCCUAGCUUCCGGUCAAGAUAAAGAAAUAAACUGGAAUAAGCUGCUAUAUUUUUAUCGUUCUCUGAAGGAAAAUCUCAUGCCAUUUAAUGCGAUGUUAAAUAAAAAUCCAAGCAGGGGCGUUGUAAAAGCACGGCAAAGUAUAGAACGAAAACUGUAGUGGACCUGCAAAGCACUUUGAAAGCGAAAACUCAGCCCGAUGGAUACUUGUUAUUAGAUGUGAAAUGCCUAUUUCCUUAAUCUCGUAGUUUGCUAUGUCAGCAUGUCCGCCAGCGGGCCAAGCUCUGAGCAGGUUG